UGAAUAAUAAGGAAAGUUUUUAAUAUUUGUCUUCGUUCUAAAUCAGGCUAAACUAAAUCGAUAAUUAUUAUCCCCUAGCUAUAUAUGGGCUUAACGAAAUCGACAAUAGUUUUGGGCUUGUCUACAUAAGCGAUUGAUUAAAAUAAAUGAAAAAUAAAAUUCAAAAAAAUCAACCAAUAGAAUUAUAACAAUUUUUCUGAGAGGCUCUAUAUUAAUGCCAUGUCAGCAGAAAUCACUAAAGUGACUUCUCUUUUAAUGUAUAGGAGGAUUUCUAUAAAGAAAAUAGUGUAUCUAUAUUUUGAGCUAAUCCUUUGUAAUCUUACUUUUAACCUUAAAUCUAACAAGAGUAACUACUCAUGACAUAGCAAAAGAUCAAACAUUACAUAAGUUCAAAUAUAUAACAUUUUCAUUAAAAAUCUUUUGGAAAUACUUCUCGGAAUACUUAAAUUUUCUGCUUAAAAUUUAAGCGGAAAACUCAAACUUUAAGUGAAAAUUGAAAAUUUAAACUUCGUGAAAGUUAAAAGGUAUACCUUAUGAUGUAAGAACACACAUUAAAUCACAUGACUUGAUAUUUUUGAAGUUAUUUAACACUUUUUAAAGUUAAAAAACAUAUCUUGAAGUUAAUUAAAACUCUUGAAAAUAUUUUUUUUAUAAAAACUAACGGAUCUCAUAAGACUUCUUAAUAAGUCUUCUUAGAUUAGCUAGAAACAUUAAUAAACAUGAAUGCUGGUAACCUCAUAACUAUCAUCAAUUAAGUUAUGAAUUUCAUUCAGGAGCCACAAUAUUAACUAAUAUACAUGAAUUAACAAAAAUUAUUAAAAAAAUAUUUCAAUUUUAGAGAAAGUGAAAAUUUUUAAAAAUUGACUUAGGUCUGUUUUGUUUUUGUUAAGAAGAAAAAGUUGGAAGACUUCUAUUCUCUAGAAAACACACAUAAAGUCAAUUGCAAAACUAACUUAUGCAUUGACCAGAAGACUUUCAUAGAAGCCUUCUCCGCUGAGAAGACUACAUAAGUCUUCUACGCGAACAGAUCUGAAAAAAUUCAAAGAUCAUUCUUAGAUCCGGUGAAGUUUAUGUUUACCUUAUCCAAUCACACAUAAUUUCUUAAUGAAAGUUACCCACUCAUUCUUGACCAACACUACAAGAAAAGAGAUAGAUAGCAUCACUUAUAAGGUGAUAACACCAAGUCAUGUUUCUUGUAGUGCAAGAAUCAUGAACGUGAAGAAUUCUAAUAAGCUUAUAAAUUUUGAAACAAGUUGAGAUAGUUGGAUGAACUAAGAAAGUAAGUGAAAGGGAAACGGUUUGUGUGUGUAAGAAAAAAAGAAUAUGAAGAUGUUGGUGUUGGUGUUGAUUUUAGUUGCAUUUAGAGCUUGAAAUUCGUUGUUUAUGGUUGUUGGUAUAUUGAUGACAACGACAAUGUUGUAAAUAGAAGAGGAAGAUGAGUAUGUUUGAGUAAAAAACGUUUUGAAAGAAAAAUAAGGGAAUGACAUUUUCGUGAAUAAUUCGAACUUAUGCAAUGAAUAGAGCAUAUUAAAGUUAUAUAAAAUUAUGAGUUAGUUUUGUAUUUUACUUUUUGUUUCGUGACAUUUUUGUAAAAUGUCCUUUAAUUUAACCUGUAAAAAGUAACCACUAAGCUAUUUACUCCAGCAAAAUACUAUACGUUUCCACAUAUUUAGUCAAAGAAUCUAAAUUAAUAUAUAUUUAGAACAUUUUCUCUUUAAUAUAGAUAUUUAGGGAUCAGGGAUGUAUAUAUAUAUAUAUUCUGAAAUCAUCCGAUCAUUUAACUACUUUCUUUUUUCAAAGGUUGUAAGAAAUAGCACUUUUGUGAUAAUUUUUUGAUAUACCAUGUUUUUUUUAUUUUUAAAUAUAUUAUUUUAUGCAUGCUCAUAGGUUUAUUUAUAAAAACUAAAACUUCAUUACAUUUAUAAAUGAAAAUUGUAUUAAAAAAAUUAUAUUAGGAAUAUUAUAAAAAUAGUUAUUAAAUUUUAGUUAUGAAGACGGGAAAAGUCUGUAAAUGUUCAUCAACUAAUGUAUAUAUAUUAAAAAGGUUUAUAAAUAUUCAUAAACCAGUUUCUAAAAAGGAUAAUUUAAAAUGAUUAAACACUAUUUUCUCAAUAGUUUCUGAAAACAGUAUCUUCAAAGUAUAGUAUUUCUCUGGGAAAAAUCGAAGUUUAUAAUUCUAAAACAUUUCUAGACUAGCAAAACGGAAGUAUAUACAUUUUUAGGAAAAUAUUUUCAUUUAAUUUAGAAAAUGGAUACAUUGUUCCUUACUGAGGCCUUACAAAGAACAAAAAAAAAACAAGAAAGAAAUAGAACUGUAGAAUUGCUCGAGAGACUAGUAUGGGAAGUAUAUGUAGAUAGUAGACAAUAGACAUAGUCUAGUCACAUGCUGUUACGGAACCCAGGUUUGGCCGUGUGGAGAGUCGUGCUUAGAGGCUUUUGAAAAAGGCAUUCGCCUAGGGCCCCCAAAUUUUGUAGAAAUUUUAGGAUCCCAAAUUACAAAAAAAAAAUACUUUUACAUGGUAAUUAACAUAUUCUAUUAGUUAGAUUUUUAUUUAUUUGAAUUUAAAUUGGACUUCUCUUUAAAGUAACUAGGUUUGUAAUCAUUUUUGCUAUAUUUUAAAUAAAACUAUAAAGAUUCUACUUCUAAAAAACUGUAAAUAUUUGAUCAUAUUAGUCUUUUCUUUUAUAUGCUAUGAGUUAGAUUUAUUUUAUAUAUUUAUGAUAAUUUGAUAAAGAAAAUAUAAUAUUUUCAAUAUAUAGUUCAUUAUAGUUAAUUUAAAUGCUAAGAUUUACAUUUUUGACAGCUACCAACAUUUCAAUCAAAAAUUUAUAUCUUUGUAUUUAUAUUAUAAAUUUAUACUUUUUGUUCAUGAUUUAAAAUUUUAUUUUAUAAAAUUUUGGUGAAGAAAAAUUAGAAAACGUUUAUGUAAUAAUUCAAAACUUUUGAGUGUUAUAUAUAUAUAUAUAUUAUUAAAAAUAUUUCAUGUAAAAUAUAUUUUUGAACUCGCCUCGGGCCUCCGAAAACCUUCGCACGGUACUGGCCGUGUGCUUCUGAAAAAAAACAACUGAACCACAUUGUGGACCAUGUCGUUUUUCCUCAAGCCAAUUCUAAUGGAUAGUUGAACGCAUACACAGGUAAUUUUAGGAUCCAUAUUCGUGUCGUUCCAAUCAUGCGGUGGAGGGAGACUCAUAAUUUUCCUAUGCCAGUUGUUCACAAUCAGACUUCACCAUCAUACAUAACCAAUAACAAUUCAAAAUUAUGCACGUCCUGACGUCCAAGAAACUGAGUCACCCAAGGAAGUAAAAAAUAAAUAAACCAAAUGGGUCCUCUUCAAUUUGUCAUUAAAAAUUUGAAAGUGGCUCGUUGACGUUCUCUCAACGUUCCUGCACGUCUCAUACUAGCAUCGUGUAGACAUGCCUCCACGAUUUAGUUUGAUGGAGACAGAAACAGGGAGGUAGAGCUGGAUUUAGAGAAAAACUUUGCUAUAUAAACGAACGACCCCAUUUCUUACAACACAAACCAAAACGAGAAAAACUAACCAACGUAAAGCGUUGGUAGAGAAAAGGCAAAUCACAAUGAGAUCUUCCUCUAGGAUGGGGCCUUCAGCCCAUCCCAUUUACGCUCUAGGUGUUAUCAUCAUGGCAACAAUGGUUGCAGCGUAUGAACCACUCACGUAUAGCUUGCCUCCUCUCCCAUCGUAUUCACCAUCUCCGAAAGUAGAAUACAAUACUCCUCCUCUGCCGAAUGUCUACAAUUCUCCAUCACCACCACCAUACUACUCUCCAUCGCCAAAGGUAGACUAUAAGUCUCCUCCACCACCAUAUGUCUACACUUCUCCUCCACCACCACCAUAUUAUUCACCGGCACCAAAGGCUGAGUACAAAUCUCCUCCACCACCAUAUGUCUAUAGUUCUCCACCACCACCACCAUACUACUCACCAUCUCCAAAGGUUGAGUACAAAUCUCCUCCACCACCAUAUGUUUACAGCUCUCCACCACCACCUCCUUACUACUCCCCAUCCCCAAAGGUUGACUAUAAAUCCCCUCCACCACCAUAUGUUUACAGCUCUCCACCACCACCACCAUACUACUCACCAUCUCCAAAGGUUGAGUACAAAUCUCCUCCACCACCGUAUGUUUACAGCUCUCCACCACCACCACCAUACUACUCACCAUCUCCAAAGGUUGAGUACAAAUCUCCUCCACCACCAUAUGUCUACAGCUCCCCACCACCACCACCAUACUACUCACCAUCUCCAAAGGUUGAGUACAAAUCUCCUCCACCACCGUAUGUCUACAGCUCCCCACCACCACCUCCAUACUACUCUCCAUUACCAAAGGUAGAUUACAAGUCACCUCCACCACCAUAUGUCUACAGCUCUCCACCACCACCAUACUACUCACCAUCUCCAAAGGUUGAGUACAAAUCUCCUCCACCACCAUAUGUCUACAGCUCUCCACCACCACCACCAUACUACUCACCCUCUCCUAAGGUUGAGUACAAAUCUCCUCCACCACCGUAUGUCUACAGCUCUCCACCACCACCACCAUACUAUUCCCCUUCCCCUAAGGUUGAGUACAAGUCUCCUCCACCACCGUAUGUCUACAGCUCCCCACCACCACCAUACUAUUCACCAUCUCCUAAAGUUGAAUACAAAUCUCCUCCACCACCGUACGUCUACAACUCUCCUCCACCACCACCAUAUUACUCACCAUCUCCUAAAGUAGACUAUAAGUCUCCACCACCACCAUAUGUUUACCGUUCUCCACCGCCACCAUACUACUCUCCAUCUCCUAAAGUAGACUACAAAUCUCCCCCACCACCAUAUGUCUACAGUUCCCCACCACCACCUCCAUAUUACUCACCAUCGCCAAAGGUUGAGUACAAGUCUCCUCCUCCACCAUAUGUCUACAGUUCUCCACCACCACCAUAUUAUUCACCAUCUCCUAAGGUUGUGUACAAAUCUCCUCCACCACCAUAUGUUUACAGUUCUCCUCCACCACCAUACUAUUCACCUUCUCCAAAGGUACACUACAAGUCUCCUCCACCACCAUAUGUGUACAGUUCUCCACCACCGCCACCAUAUUACUCACCAUCACCUAAGGUUGAAUACAAGUCUCCUCCUCCACCAUAUGUCUACAGUUCUCCACCACCACCAUAUUAUUCACCAUCUCCUAAGGUUGUAUACAAAUCUCCUCCACCACCAUAUGUUUACAAUUCACCUCCACCACCCUACUAUUCACCUUCUCCGAACGUACACUACAAGUCUCCUCCACCACCAUAUGUUUACAGUUCUCCACCACCACCAUACCACUCACCUUCCCCUAAAGUACACUACAAAUCUCCUCCACCACCAUAUGUCUACAGCUCUCCACCACCACCAUACUACUCACCAUCUCCUAAAGUUCACUACAAAUCACCACCACACCCACAUGUGUGUGUAUGUCCACCACCUCCUCCAUGCUAUUCCCCUUCACCAAAAAUAAUAUACAAAUCUCCUCCACCACCAUAUGUCUACAACUCUCCACCACCACCAUACUAUUCACCUUCCCCUAAGGUGUACUAUAAGUCUCCACCACCACCAUAUGUUUACAGUUCUCCACCACCACCAUACUACUCACCUUCCCCUAAGGUGUACUACAAGUCUCCUCCACCACCAUAUGUUUACAGUUCCCCACCACCACCACCAUACUACUCGCCGUCACCUAAGGUAGAAUACAAAUCUCCACCGCCACCAUAUGUUUACAGUUCUCCCCCACCACCAUACUACUCACCUUCUCCUAAGGUGUACUACAAGUCUCCUCCACCACCAUAUGUUUACAGUUCUCCACCACCACCAUAUUACUCACCUUCCCCUAAGGUGUCCUACAAGUCUCCUCCACCACCAUAUGUUUACACCUCCCCACCACCACCACCAUACUACUCACCUUCUCCUAAGGUUGAGUACAAGUCUCCUCCACCACCGUAUGUCUACAGCUCUCCACCACCACCAUACUAUUCCCCUUCCCCUAAGGUUGAGUACAAGUCUCCUCCACCACCGUAUGUCUACAGCUCCCCACCACCACCAUACUAUUCACCUUCUCCUAAAGUUGAAUACAAAUCUCCUCCACCACCGUACGUCUACAGCUCUCCUCCACCACCACCAUACUAUUCACCAUCUCCUAAGGUAGAGUACAAGUCUCCUCCACCACCAUAUGCCUACAGUUCCCCACCACCACCUUAUUAUUCUCCUUCUCCAAAAGUUGAGUACAAAUCUCCACCACCAUCACCUUCGUAUUACUGAAAACCAGUAAAUGUGUUUCUUAAAUAAAUAUCGAGUUUUAUUUGAGUUUAUGUUUCUUUUACUCAUUAUCCAAAAUGUAUGCAAUCAAUUUCAGUUUUCCUGGGAAUGUUGUUUGCAAUACCUUCAUAUGUUUUAUGUUUUCCCUUUAUUUGAUUUUUGCAACGAUCGCUUGGCGGUCUAUUUGUAACCCUUUGCAAAUUGUGUUAUGUAUUGUGUAUUCUUGACAUGGUACUUCUGGAUACCUAUAUAAUCCUAUUAACAUGAGCGUUGUGUAUGAA